UGCCGAGGGGGCAGGACCCAGCGCCGUCUCCCCACCGUUUGAGACGCCCGAGCCCCGGCGACCCAUCCCUCCGGUGGCGACCUCGCGCCAGAGCAGCUGGAGGCCCUGAUCCAUCCGCCCACCGGGGCCUCCGGGCCUGGGCUUCGACAUGCCGGAGGAGCCCCGGCCGCGGCCUCCGCCCUCGGGCUUCGCGGGUCUCCUGCUCCUGGCGCUGUGCAGUCGGGCCCUCAGCAAUGAGAUCCUGGGCCUGAAGCUGCCGGGGGAGCCGCCGCUGACCGCCAACACCGUGUGCCUGACGCUGUCGGGCCUGAGCAAGCGGCAGCUGGGCCUCUGCCUGCGCAGCCCCGACGUGACGGCAUCCGCGCUCCAGGGCCUGCACAUCGCGGUCCACGAGUGUCAGCACCAGCUGCGCGACCAGCGCUGGAACUGCUCGGCGCUCGAGGGCGGCGGCCGCCUGCCGCACCACAGCGCCAUCCUCAAGCGCGGUUUCCGUGAGAGUGCUUUUUCCUUCUCCAUGCUGGCGGCAGGGGUCAUGCACGCGGUCGCCACGGCCUGCAGCCUGGGCAGGCUAGUGAGCUGCGGCUGCGGCUGGAAGGGCAGUGGUGAGCAGGACCGGCUGAGGGCCAAGCUGCUGCAGCUGCAGGCUCUGUCCCGGGGCAAGAGUUUCCCCCACUCCCUGCCCAGCCCUGGCCCCGGCUCAGGUCCCAGCCCUGGCCCCCAGGACACAUGGGAAUGGGGUGGCUGUAACCAUGACAUGGACUUUGGAGAGAAGUUCUCUCGGGAUUUCUUGGAUUCCAGGGAAGCUCCCCGGGACAUCCAGGCAAGAAUGCGAAUCCACAACAACAGGGUGGGGCGACAGGUGGUAACUGAAAACCUGAAGCGGAAAUGCAAGUGCCACGGCACGUCGGGCAGCUGCCAGUUCAAGACGUGCUGGAGGGCGGCCCCAGAGUUCCGGGCAGUGGGGGCAGCCCUGAGGGAGCGGCUGGGUCGGGCCAUCUUCAUCGAUACCCACAACCGCAACUCGGGAGCCUUCCAGCCCCGCCUGCGUCCCCGCCGCCUCUCAGGAGAGCUGGUUUACUUCGAGAAGUCUCCAGACUUCUGCGAGCGAGACCCUACCGUGGGCUCCCCUGGCACUCGGGGCCGGGCCUGCAACAAGACCAGCCGGCUGCUCGAUGGCUGUGGCAGCCUGUGCUGCGGCCGUGGGCACAACAUGCUCCGGCAGACACGAGUUGAGCGCUGUCACUGCCGCUUCCACUGGUGCUGCUAUGUGCUGUGCGAUGAGUGCAAGGUCACGGAGUGGGUCAACGUGUGUAAGUGAGGCCCGCUUCACCACAGGGCUGGCCGAGGGGAGGAGCGCCUUUCAGCUCUUUGCUCCGAUUUCUGUCCAGGGUCAAUCUUGGCUCCUAGAAGCUCAAAGUAUCAACCUGGAAGCAGCUUUGGGGGUGGUGGGGGUCAGGCAGGCAGUCUGUGAUGUGCAGCCUUCUCCCCUCCCCACAGUAGGAGGGCCUUGGAGGGAAAACUGUCACUCGUAUUCUGCUCCUUAAGCACCAGAAAUGAACUAAGAUGAAAUGCACUGUAUUGCCCCCCUCUCUCCAACCCUGAGGUCCCCUUAGCUCUGGUUCAUGCUCCUUCUGGGUGGGGCAUCCCCAUAGUUUGACCACUCUUCUCCUUGGAGGCACAGCCCCAGGCGUUGUGGGGGAGCCAUAAGGCCUGUAUCCAGGGAGACCGCUCAUUCCUACCUGCUGUUCCCAGACGCCUCUACAGAAGCCUGGGCCCCGUCUUGUGGGGUAAUAGGAGACAGUGAUAGAGAGGUUUUUCUUUGGGAAGGGACAGAGGACUGGGGGUAGGGGGAGCUCUCCCCUGAGUCCUCAAGAGUUGUUUGUUUAGGCCCUUAGGGAAACUGUCCCCGGCCCUCAUUCAGAUGUUAGAGGGAACCCUCCAGAGGAAGAGUUUUACCCAAGACUCUCUGAGCCUCUUAUUGGUUAGCAGGAGGGAUGGGAAUGGAUAAUUUAUUGUACUGAGACUUGCUCUUGGUUUCUGUUUGUAACUAAAAUAAAUUAAACUACUGGACCAGUGGAUGCAGGUGGUUAUAUUUCUGCCCACAGUUGGAAUCCUAGACCAUCACUUCUUUUACAGGUGAAUUCUACUCUCAUACACCCAAUGACUUUAUUUAUGUCUAUCCUGCCUGGUUCCACAAAGGAUCUGAAGUGGUCCUCAGUGAUUUUGUUGACAACUUUCAAUGUGAAAAACCAGAAGAUACUUCUAGGUGUGAGGGGCUAGAUAUCCAAACAUAGGCCCAAUUUACUUUUUAUGUGCCUCAACUCCAGAUUUUACCUUGGUCCUUAUCCUAGAACAAGGGUUGGCAUUUUUUUUUUCCCUGCAAAGGGAUUGAUAGGGAGUAUAUAGCUGACCCUUGAACAACAUCAGGGGGUUGGGGCGCUUCCCUCCCCAUAUAGUAAAAAAUCUGUGUAUAACUUUCAACUUCUCUGGAACUUAACUACUUACAGCCUACUGUUGCCUAGAAGCCUUACUGAUAAUAUGAACAGUCGAUUAACACAUAAUUUGUAUGCUAUGUGUUUUAUGUAUUGUAUUCUUACAAUAAAAUAAGCCAGGGAAAAGAAAA